AUGUCCGACUCCGACCCGCUCGCUCGCUGCCUCGAGCUCAAGGACAGCGGCAACGCGGCUCUCAAGGUGGGUGACACUGCUGAGGCGAUCCGGAUGUACGAAGAGGCGGCGUCGCUCGCCGAAGCGCAUCCAGACAAGAGCGUGCUUGCCGCUGUGUGCUCGAACCUUUCCGCGGCUCUCCUCCGCGCGGAGCGUGCGGAGGAGGCGCUGGUGGCGGCCGGCCGCUCCGUCGGCGCUCGGGUGGACUGGUCCAAGGCUCACUUCCGGCGCGGCGAGGCGGCAUUCGCGCUGCGGCAGUACAAGGAGGCGCGAGAGUCGUAUCGGCACGCGGCGGAGCUGGACGCCAAGGAGAUCAAAGAGGCGCACGGCGCGAGCGCGGUGCCGCAGCGGGCGGACAAGAGCCUCUCUGCGGCGGUCGCCGUCUGCGACGAGGCGAUGCCGGGCGGGAUCGCGAUGAAGGGCGGGCUGUGGUUCCGGCAGCUGCUUCCGGGCAGAGACGUGGCGCUCGUGCGGGCGGGCGCCAGCCAGCCGCAGAAGAACCUCUUCCUCGCGGCGGCGAGCAUGAAGAACUUUGUCUACCUGGUCGGUGACGCGGCGACGCGCGAGUGCUACGUGGUGGACGGCUGCUGGGACGUGGAGGGCAUCGUCGCGCUGGCGAGGCGGCACAAGAUGAGGCUGGUCGGCGCGGUGCCCCCCCGGCUGGUUGCCAUGGUGUGCGGCCCCUUCGCGCAAGAGGCGCAGCUGCCAGGGCUGGGGGAGCUGUCUCGCGACCACGGCGGAGCCGUCGCGUCGGUACUCGUCGGCGACACCAUCUUCCCCGGCUCGCUCGACUUGCCGGACUCGGACGUGGACGCGAUGUUCGACUCGCUGCAGCAGCUGCGCGCCCUCGGCGACGACGUCGUCAUCUACCCUGGCCACGGGUACAGCGGAGACAGGACGACGGUCGGCAAGGAGAAGGUGAGCGGCCUCCUGCGCCCCUUCAGCCGAGAGCAGUGGCGCGCUAUGCACUGA